UUGCGCAGGCGCAGUGAGGCUGGUAUCAUGGCGUCCAGGGCCAAGCGGCGUGCCUUGGGUAGUGGGGCUCCGCGGGUUCCAGGUGUUCCGGUCCCGCGAGACGAGGAAGAAGAGGAAGAUGAAGUGGAGGACGAGGACGAAGACGAUGAAGACAGUGACGAAGAAGAGGAUGAAGACGACGAGAGCGUCGACGAGGAAGUGAACGUUGAAUUUGAAGCGUAUUCCAUCUCAGAUAAUGAUUAUGACGGAAUUAAGAAGUUACUGCAGCAGCUUUUCCUGAAGGCUCCUGUGAACAUUGCAGAACUAACUGAUCUCUUAAUUCAACAAAACCACAUCGGGAGUGUGAUUAAGCAAACGGAUGUUUCAGAAGACAGUGAUGACGAUGUGGACGAAGAUGAGAUUUUUGGAUUCAUAAGUCUUUUAAAUUUAACGGAAAGAAAGGGUACGCGGUGUGCUGAACAGAUUAAAGAGUUGAUCCUGAGCUCCUGUGAGAAGAGCUGUGGGAAGAGCUCGGUUGAACAGCUGGACGCGCUUUUCAACGACGCCUCCAAGCCCGUGGGCUUUCUCCUCAGCGAGAGGUUCAUUAACGUUCCUCCUCAGAUCGCGCUGCCCAUGCACCAGCAGCUCCGGGAGGAACUGGCAGAGGCACACAGAACGAACAAGCCGUGUGGAGAGUGCUCCUUCUACCUUCUGAUCAGCAAGACGUUUGUGGAAGCUGGAAAAAACAAUCCCAAAAAGAAAUGGAGCAGCCAAGAGAAAGAGGAGUUAAUGUUUGCAAAUGCAGAGGAAGAAUUUUUCUAUGAGAAGGCAAUCUUGAAGUUCAGCUACUCGGUGCAGGAAGAGAGCGACACCUGUCUGGGAGGCAGGUGGUCCUUUGACGACGUCCCGAUGAAGCCCUUGCGAACUGUGAUGUUGAUUCCAGGUGACAAGAUGGACGAAAUCAUGGGUAAACUGAAAGAGCAUCUCUCUCUCUGACCCGUUUCCCGUGGGCAGCAGGGGGCUGGUUUUCGUUUUUGUAAAAUUACCAGAAGACAGCUCAGAUUUACUGAAAAACUCAUCACUUUAUUCAGAUUAAGGUCCUCUACAAAAAAGUAGGGUUCUGUCACCUGUGUCUGUGACACAUUUACAAAAUAGCUUUUUUAAGAAAAAAAAAUUUGGUCGAAUUACGAAUGGUUGAUGAAGAGCUUUUCCAGUAAGAAGGAAAACGUGGAGUAGUAAUUUAAAGAACUCAAUAAAAACUUCCAUUUUUUAUUUUUAAA